AUGGCGGUGCUGACACUGGGGGGACACUGGGAGCAGGGAAUGGGGUGGGGGCAGGAAUUGGGGUGUUGGAGGGGGAUAGGGCAGUGCUGGGGGUGGCAGUGGGGGUACCCCGGGAGCAGGGGGUUCCUGUGGCUGAGCUGGGGGUGCAGCAGCCCCACCGUGCCCCCCAAACUGGCACCAGCAGGGGGGUCUCGGUUCCUGCAGCCCCCAGGCUGCCCCGGGAGGACCCCCCACCCCCAGCCCGCCACUGCCUGCAGCCCCCGGGAGCGCUCGGACACCGCAGCAGAGGCUGGGGGCACCUCGGGCACGGCGGGAAGGGACAGCAGGACAGCCACCCCUAAUGGGGACAGGGGGGACCCUCCUGCAGCGCCCCCGGUGCCCCCCCCGCCCACCCACUGCUGCGGGACCGGCUGCCCCAACUGCGUCUGGGUGGGAUACGUGGAGGAGCUGCUGGAGCGGCACCGGGACGGCGGAGCCCAGGCCUUGGCGGCCGUGGAGCAGCACGUGGAGGACGAGAACAUCAAGAUGAUCCUCAGGAUGGAGAUCAGGCUGCGUGCCAAGAAGGACUGAGCCUCCUCCGGGCUCCCCAGCCUUGGGGGGACACCCCUGGGGUGACAGGAUCCGGGCCUGGGUUGUUUGUAGUGUUUGUUGUGUGCUGAGCACGGCAUCCCGGGGGUGGCACACGAGGCCAGGUCACCUCCUGUCUCACAGGGAGCUGUCCUUGGGGACAGGCAGUGACUCAGGGCUGUCCUGAGCCCCGGAUUUCCCAGGAGCUGCAUGCUGUGCCCUCCCCAGCAUGGCAAAUCCCUGCCAAGGGCAGGCUGGGCGGCCCCCCAGCCCUCCUCCUCCUCCUCCUCCUGCUGUGCUCCCAGCUGGAAUUUAAGCACCUUGGGGGGAUUUUCAGCACCUUGGCCAUGCCCUGGUGAUGGGGAGGGCUGGAGGGCUGUGCCAGACCCCUCCCCACCAGCACCACAAAGCCUCUUAGGGGCUUCUCCGUGGGGGCAGCGUGUGGCAGCGAGCACGUGGGCAGCAGCAGCCUCCUGUCAAGGACACUGGCCCUGUCCCUGGUGUCACAUCCUGCCGGGCUGCUCUGCAAGGUGCCUCUUCUGCCUCCAUCUUAAAUCCCCAGAAACUUGUCCCAAGCUCCCCCCUCCAUCCUGGGGAAUUCAGAGCUGUUGAGACCCGCACAGACCCCUGCACGUCAUCCCAGGACAAAGUCCCCGGGAGCCACCCAGCGCUUGAGUGUCACUAAUGAACCCCAAUUAACAGCCAGGCUCUGCUCUCUGCCAGAGAAGUAGGUGUUUCUCCAUGGGAAAUGCUUCUGGAUCCCUUUAAUCGUAUUUGUAAUUGCAAUUAGUGGCAGGGGCUGAAGUUCAAUUAAAGUGUGCUGAGAUUA